AUGAGAGACCUAAGCCCUCCGAAUUCGUCGCCCAAGGUGCGAAAAAUUUGCUGCAUAGGUGCUGGUUAUGUUGGUGGACCAACGUCAGCUGUGAUCGCCCUUAAAUGUCCCGAAAUACAAGUCUUCGUCUGCGACUGUCACCAGAAGCGGAUAGAUGCGUGGAACACGGACGAGCUACCUCUGAAGGAGGUGAAAAAGCACAUUUCACUGUCCUAUGGCAUAUAUUCAUUCAUACACGUAUCCUGUUAGAUAAACUGCACCGGUUUUCGUUAAGCCUAUUUUGACUAUUAAUUUUAAGGUCGUGUCCUACAUACGGGCCUUAACAUUUUGUCACGACUGACAUUGAUUUAUUUAUCUACUUUUAUCCUAAAAGCCUGGUCUCUUGGAUGUCGUCAAACAGUGCCGUGGUAAGAACCUCCACUUUUCCACUGAAGUCGAACUACACGCAAGCGAGGCGGAUCUCAUCUUCGUAUGCGUAAAUACACCAACUAAAAAAUAUGGAAUCGGAAUGGUAGGUUGAAGGAACGAGGAAUUCUUAUCUCCGUUUUAUCUUGGAAGUAGCUAUAAGCAUUUUAUUCCCGAGUUUGGCCAGUACGUAUCGGUAUUCGAAACUUUCUAAGCCACUUCUGAAUUUCCGAGUAAUAUGUUUAGACGAUUUCUCUUUGUCAGUCAUAAUCUAUCGUUUGCAUUAGGUUGCCGUUUUCUCUUUGUGGGCUCCAUUAUACUGGCACCAUAAGGGUUAGUCUAAAAAUCCACGCACGUGUUUCGCUGCUUUUUCGCUGUUGCACUAUUGCCGCAAAGACUUUGGGUCAUCAGUGAGUGUUUUCUGGCAUGUACUCUAAAUUCGAAAUUCGAGCUUUUUAUCUCCUCUGAAAUCAAUGUGUUGACAUGGAGUAAAUCCUUCGGAAUAGAGCUUUAUAAAUCCAGUUCAAAAGUUGAUCUGAAUAUUUGAGGGGAAUUUCACCUGCUUCCACAAGACAAUCGUGUAUUAUUUGUAAACUGUCCACAGGCUGCUUAUGGUAUACACAUGUUGCGUGGUCCAUCCAUUGUACUGAAUGUUAUGCGGUUGCCUCGUCGAAGCUAACGACUUUUGGCUUAAAUAUUUAUGUUCAUUUUCGAACAGAGCCUAUAAAGCUUCAUGCCUUAGGAUGCUCUCCGAGUUAGGUUAAUAAAUUUUGGAGGAGAUUAGAAAGUUGAAAUUUAAGAUCUGGAGUAUAUAUCAGAGGGCGCUCGGAGAAAGCCGGGAACCCUCUGAUUAGCCAAAACCCUCGCAACUGGGUCAUACGGUGACCAAAAGUCGGCGAAACACGUGUGUUUGGGCUUUUAACUAAUGCCCAUGCUCCCAAUUUGGUGGAUCAUGCGACAUAUGUAUGCCACUGACUGCCUGUUGGCUGCUUAUGAAUACUGCGCGGUUGCCCCGCCCAAACGGAUGAAUGUCCAAUCAAAUAUUCAUCGAAAAUUUCCAACUGAGCCAUAAAGUUUCGUGUUUGAGAAUGUGCUUCAAGUUUGCUCAUAUUUUUACAGUAGAUUGGAAAUCGGAAAUUUCCAUUUCGAAACCACAGUUUUUUUGCCUCUCCCCCUAGUAUCCGUUUUUAAUUUGUCUGCUUGUUUCCUUCUCCACACUUUAAGUUUUGAUUCAAAAUGCUUCAGUCGACUACACAUCUCCGAAAACAGGCUCUCAGGGCGAACAGAAAGGCGAGCCCCAGAAAGCAGUUGAGAGGGAAUAGACUAGAUCUUUAAAACGACAAUUAUAUUCGCCUAAUUGCUCACUUUCCCUGACCAUAAUUAUGGGUUUUAAUGUGAAUCUGAAACGCUGGCAAAACGAAGUUUUUAUUGCAGCGGUCGGGUCUCAUUUUCAAACUGUCGUGAAGCGUUUGGCCGCCAGACACACAAACGUCUUAUUUUCUACGGUCUACCUUUCAGAAGUAUUUUUGUUGUGGAUAUUGCGGACUAUGUCUGGUGUCUGUGGUUAACACUUAAAGUCCAGGGAAUAGCUAGCACACGUCCAUCUGCAGUGUUUGAGUAAUUGCUUCUUACUUACGACUUAUACAGGCGAAUUCCCCUCCAUAAAUCUUUCCCAGGAUAUAGGUCUGGCUCCAUUGUCUUACAACUGCGAAUAUUCUCGCGCCUUCAUGUAUUUGUUUCCAUUAACACUACGGGCACAUUUGGUUGUCAGCUUAAUUGGUUUCGCAGGGAUGUUGACCAGUUUUCUGUAAUACUUGCGUGCGUCUUUAGCUGCUAUCCGCAUGAAGCACUCAAGUCCCUUUUCUGUGCUGUUUGGCCAACCGUGCACGGAAGAGCUGUGGUUCUGAAAUGCAAACAGCUGCCACCAAGGCGUUUGUGUUGACAGAAUGCAACAUUCAUAAGUUUAACUGUAUGAGGCUACAGAACAGUUCCUAACUCUUACUGGAGGCGCAGUAGCAUUGUUCAUUUAAGUGACACCUUUUCAUCUCUGGAACAAGCUCCCUUAUACGAAAUUUUCUUUAGCACUCUUCUAACCCUUAUGGACAACCGUUUUCGCUUAUAUUUUCACGGGACGGGAAACGCAAAACCUAAGUAAAUAACUAUGAAAAUGCAACGUUAAUAACAUCAAAAUUAAAGUAUCUACUAAUGUAAUAAUUUCGGAAAAUUGCGGUCAUCUAGAUGGCACUUUGCGGUUCAUGAUAGAAUUCACAAAAUCGACCAUGUAAAUUCUAAUUUAAAGUGCGCAGUCUUUUAGAGCAGACCGUGAGCUGUCCAAAGUCGCUAGAAAUUUGGCCUAUUAACACUCGGCCGCAACUAAAUUUGCCUGCAUUGAUCGGUUAUGUACCCGGCUUAGGGAUUGUAAACUCUAAAUAAGUCACUUGGAUUCCACGAUCUAAUUAUUGGGUACCGUCGCACGCAAUUUAAAAAUCUAGAAACAUGUAUUAUGGAUUAGCACUGGACAAACUGACCGGUCAACCCUAGACCGGAGGGACUUAGGGUUUGGAUUCAGUUUGCCAUUGGGUCAGAUCCCAUAACACUUAAUCCACUGGCUCUCUCUCCCCUUCUUCCGGUUGGAUUGGGCGUAUUCACUGACCCACCCUCCAUUUUAGGACGUACUGCGAACUUUCUGGUCUAGGGUACUCACAGGCUUUCUCAUAGAGACGAGCAAGGAACGAUUUAACAACCACCGCUUCCCUAGAUUAAUUGGGACUUACCUGCUUUUUUAAGCGGUAGGCGCCAGCAGAUUGUUAUAUACAGACUAGACACAGACACACUGAUUACUUCUCAAGUGGGCCCAAUCCAGUGGCUGUUUCGUCAAACUACUUGUUAGUUGAGGCGCCGCUCGUCUCGAGCUUAUACCUGAAUCCGCUUUGUAUGAAUAUAUACUUUAAAGGUAGUCUUAAGGUUCGCCGUUAUUACACUGUUAACGUGGCGAGCCAAAAGUUCAUCCCAAGUCCAUUUUUUCGGAUUUGACUGCUUUAUGCAUGAUUACUGAGUGUAAGAUCUUUAUAUUUAAUCUCACAGUUUGAGCUUUGUCGAUGGCAAAAGGUUUGAUUUGCUAGCGAUCAGUAAUAAUCUCCGUCCUUCGAUUAGUAUCAAUGUCUUUCUUCCAUCAUAUGUUGACUUGAGUUCCUUUAAGCUGCCAAUGACUGACUGGAGAGGAAGACGCAUCAGCUGCUUGUCUUUUAAAUGGGGCUGGGAACCAAAAUGUUGUUAAGAGUUGAAAUUAAUCUCCUGUUUCUUUUUCCCUUUUGUUCCCUUAACCAGGGGCAGGCGGCUGAUCUGACAACGAUUGAGGCCGUCGCCCGAACACUCGCUCGCUGCUGCAAGGAGUCGAAGGUCAUCGUGGAGAAGAGCACAGUUCCUGUGCGAGCAGCAGCACGUGUUGCCGAACUCCUAAACUUCCCCGGUCUCAAUGGCGAGGCCACUACGGUGAGUUCGCUCGUUCGCCUAAUCCCCAUCCCCACCUCCCUCCCUGCUCUUAAUACCUUAAUCUUCCGGCCUUGCCUCCCUCUCUGAACUUCCUUUCGAAUAUCCUUAAAUUCAGUGGGCACGGUUGUCCUCUUUGCGUUCUCUUAUUGUUAGUUUGAAGCCCCGCGGACCAUUGCAGCUAUUCCAUAUCUCACUUAUCGUCUCUGAAAGUAUUUGUGGUCGAUCCAGAGAAAUUAUGUAGUGGAAUUACCUAGGGUAGGUGUUGUGCUGUUAAUGUUUGCCGCUCGAAUCGGUGGUUAACAGUCUUUUGUAGCCGAACCCGUAGUAGUAAUUUUCAGACGUGUCUGAGCGACGAUCUCACAGAUCUAUUACUACCGAUGCAAGCGAAAAUGCGAGUUCCAGGCACUGGUUGAUAAGAAGAAGCGAGGACUUUAUUCGCUUGACGUUUCGGAUUCUCACUUGAACCCAUCAUCAGAGACCGUGCCACUACACUCUGUUCCCUCACUUGCCUUGGCAGGUUUGCCCGAACAAUUUCUCUUAUGAAAGAUGGACAUCACGAACGACAUCCCUUGAUUCCUCUGCCGCACGUGAAUUAUUCGUCUACAUAUUUCGUCACCAAGUUGACAAUCAACCCAGCUCUCUCCUAGGCGUUGCGUAGAUGCCUGCAUUCAAGUAGGGUUAACUCCAUAUAGCGGAAGUUUGAAGGGAACAUAUUUUGUAGUCAAAAUCUUCUUGAAGCCAGUAAGCGUCUCGCACUUAUCGUCAAAAACCAUUUUGGAUUUGAGUUUGACAUCUCAGAGAGACGCUAUAAACUUUUCGUUUGGUGAACUGAGAGUAAACAAGUAACGGCCUUUGAAGGCCGCAACUGUCCAUUCGACAAAACGCAUGCGGACUAAGUAAACUGCACUUCCGUAUGCACAUGUCCAUGAUUAAUGCCUCCGGGUGCACCUUGUUACCCUACAGAAUGCCAACUGCCGUUUUAACCAGAUGUCUAGACGAAUUGUAUAAGAUACUGCACAUGGGUAUCCAAAUGCCGAAGUUUAUCAUCGGUAGUAGUUUCGGGAGCUGAGCCUUUUCAUAUUGCCACACGUGCCUUUUAGAGUAUACAUUUCAGGUCAUCCACCUCUGUUUGCACCGCAUCCCAUGCUACCGAGUCGAAGCUCAGUUUCAACGUCGGCAGACCUCCAAUCGUCAGUUGACCGGUAACCGUUUAACUUGGCUUGCUAAUUUAUGAAAGCCUGUGAUUGGUCCCCGUUUACUGGGACGCCUGCGGACACGCGAGCCGCGAGCUAACCGACUGCGUCAGCGAGCUGUUGGUGUCUGCCGCGUGGCAACCCGCUUGGCACCGAGCGCAGACGCACUUCCAGUGGCCUACACAUCCCCUUCACACCACGAACGAACUAAAUAAAGUGGGCAGUUCAACAGGCUGACCUGUGAAUAUGAUACUUCAACCGAGGCGAACGAGAAAGUCUACUAGUACCCCCAUGAAGUGGGUACAGUAGUGACUCGCGCGCGCAUUUUUUGAUAGUAGAGCAGGCUUUAGAUGCGUACAUCUCCCCUACAUCGCCCACCGUUUUCCGGUGGACAAGCAGAGCCCAGACUCCAGAGGUGGGCGUGGGCGCAAAAGUUGGCGAAGGUUAACGGCCAGUUUACGCGUGCCACGCACGGCCUGUUCCCCACUCUUCAUAUGCCAGCCUUCAGUUGGAAGGUUUUGGGUCUCACAUACGUGAAAUUGCCGUAGCGGCCUCACUAAGAGGAAACCGUCGAAGUCAGAACCUGGACCGACUUACCCCGCCAGCUGGCAGCCUUCCAAGCUGCGGCCGACAGUGCAUCAGGUUCAUUGUAGUGAAGACUGGGCUAAUUUGCCGUGAAGAUGCACUCCACCCCGGCGUCAGUCGCAGCCCCUCUUCUCUCUGUCCAAACCUCUCAACAAGCCUGUAGUGAGAGCGGACUUGGUAGCUGGCGAAGCCUUGAAGCGGUAGCCUACACAUGCCAUAGUAAUGACGGUCUUCAUCAAGCAACAAGCUUCUUACUUAGGUUCAACGUUCACUUUAUCUCGCACGACUCGCCUGUUACAAUGGUGCAAGUGAGUUGUAUUGCAUGCCGUUUGCGUGAGUUAUAUGUGGUGUGCUGGUUGUCAUUGUGUAUACGCGCGUAACCGAUCAGGCCGGUCCGUCGCCUAACUGCGUUUUGUGUCUGUGUGUGUGCGCGGAUAGAGAGAGUUGUGGCACUGAUCUCCGGUCUGCAUUUCAUCACCGCGGGUUUUCGUGAAUGCUGUUGUUAUCGGACUGACCCUUACGACGUCCGAAUGUCCCUGAAUAGUUUUGUACAGGCAUACGUGACAGGUGUAGAUCGUGACCCCAGGCACCCGUCUGUGGUCGCAUUGCGGUUGACUCCCAGACGACCGACAAUGCCAGCCGGUGGUUCGAAUGUGCGUUCGCAAUAUGGGCAGAUAGGAAUUGCCUGCAUUUUUAGUGCAGGUGCUGAUGGUGGGUUGAUCGUGUCAACAUUGCGCCGUGUCCAUAAGUGUCCAACGAGACCAUUUCAUGCACUGAAUGUCCGUCCACAUCGUGUUGUAUGCUUGCGUCCUUUAUCAGUGCUCCUUAAAUCUUGACCUCUGCUGCCUGGUUAGCUUCGAAGAUGGUUGCUCCAGUUCUUCUAUUGUCAUUACCGGCCAGAGUAAUGCUGCUGGCACUACUAAUCUCAGCACUAUUACUACUACUACUACUACUACUACUACUACUACUACUACUACUACUACUACUACUACUACUACUACUACUACUACUACUACUACUACUACUACGACUACCAUUACUACCACCACCAGUGCUACUACUAUUAUCACAAUGUAAGGUUAACUGGUAGUCCUGUACGUUUGACGGCGAAUUUCUAAGUGAAUCAUUAAGAAAGCCGCGUUUUAAAUAGCGCAUAUAACUAGCAGAAUGAGAUGGACAUCCGAGAAUAAGGGAAAUCCUCGUUCAUUGGUUCCGUAGCACACUUUUAUGUCUCUAUGGAACGUCAGGGCAUAUGUUCCUGCACGUAUAGUUCACAUUCCACCCGCCAAGAUUUUGGAACGUAACUCAUGUGAUUGUGUUUUGUGGACAGGAGUGUGCCCAUUUCUCAGAAUCCCAUGAAAUUUAUGCAUGUAUCAGCUCUCUUUUUGACAAAACGGACAAUUUUUACCUGGCCUAUGAGGCGAUCCCUUUCUUACAGUCAUGGUUCUUCUGCACAAAAUGUCCAGAGCCGCACUGUAUGUCGCAGUGACCUGAUAGUUUUAGGAUUAAGUCUUGUCAUAAUCCGACUUAACUCUGCGAAGAGAAUGCACCCUUAUUCUCAGGUGGCAUCCCUAUUAAGGCCGCCUUCACUGCCCCGGCCGCCGGUGUCUAUCAAGGAAGUCAAAUCGAAAGAGUCGUCAUUCGCUUAUCCGGACCGUACGCCUAAUGGUCAGAACGGAGGCAAGACACCUUCCUAGGUGGAGCGCGAAUUUUUAGGUGUCCUCGGCCCCUAGAGUUUUUUGGACUUUUAAUACCCUUAAUCGCGCACAGUGCCACCAAUCAGAAUGCGCGGUACUUGUCGUUCUGAAGAUCAAGCGGUUACUUUUGAUGCUCACGUGCAAAGUGCUGACUGGUUGCACUAUGCCAUUGAUGAAGACCAUGAAGCAGGGCACCAAAGGAGUGCUAUGUUCUUUCCUAGUCAACGAGACAGCUUAAAAGUCCAGGCGUGCAAGAUAGUAUUCGGGACAGGUGCACUCCUAUUUGCUUCCAGAGGCCUUUUCAGAAAACCCCUAUUUCCGUCAUAGGCCUAAGGCCUGGCAGCCAUCGCUCUUCCAUUGUCCUAUCUACUGUCAGCGACUGCACUCAGAGCACUGGACAAAAAAAUGUAGAAGGACAGUAAUGUGGCUUCGCCAUGCCCUUUCCUCCUCCUAGACCAGGACCGUCCCAACGCCGGUGGAAAAGUAUUGACUUGCGCGUGAUUUGAACGCCCUCUCCUCACCUCUCUCCCAUUACAGUGAUAAGUGUAGCUUAAAAUGUCUAAUGAUGCCAUUUAUUCCAUAUACGUCUGCCAAACGCGUGCCGAUCCCUCGACUCACACAAAUUGGACGUUUCUCCCACUGCGCCGAUGAGAGUUGCUAUAACACCGCAUAAAUUGGAGCCUUCGCAACCUGGGCUACGGCCUCGAGAACCAAGUUGUCCUGACAGUUGGAAACCAUUCAAGAUAUGCCUUUUAGGGCACUGCAACAGCACAGGGUCGACCCCGGUUCCUCUUCUAUCAUGAACAAUUGACAAGACUGUGUCAAAACGACUAACUGUGAAGUUGAGGGCAAAGGCUGAUGCAGUGGGCCUAUGGUUCGGACUUGAGUUUUUUUCCGAAUUAGAGAUUGCCUCAGAAGACCACUUGUCAACUUCGAGAUGCUUUUGUCUGCAUCAUCGCCGCCUUCAUGAUAUCAAACGCUAACGACUAAUGAAUGGCUUACAAUUCGCUAUGAGGUGUGAUUAUGUUGACUAUCUUAUUCUGUUUUUAAAAGCAUGAACCAGAAAUGGGUGACUCUUAGCUGGCGGCAGCAGUAGUCAGACCUUUUUUGACUCAGUUUACGCUCCCGAGUCAAAAAAUCUGUUGGAUCAACUUUCCUCCUUCAGCACAAACAUAUACAUGAAGAGGCAGGGUCUCUAUGUCAAGUUCUGAUUCGGCUAUUGUUGUAUAUAAUAAAUUGGUUGCUGUACUGUACAGAAGUGACGAAAGCAUUCCGCUUUCCAGUUGGUUUGCAACACCGAUGUUUGUACUUUAUCUUCCAAAACCUCCUGCAGUUUGUCUCCCUUCAAAAAACAUAUCACUUAAAUGGCUUCAAAUAAAGACGCACUCCACCUGAUGGAGGGCCAGAAACAUUGAUUUGGUUUUAAGGCAGUGAACUAAAAAGACGCGCUUUCUGAGGACGUUUAUCUCGAAAGUGGGCCCGAAUAAAGCGUAAUUUUGUCUUGUAUGACGACAAAUAUGGACUAUGGAAGCCUAGACCCCAAAAACUUAGUAGUUUUCACCACUACUAGAGUAAGUGUGAUUUCCAGGCAUUAUAUCAGAAAGGGUCACGGUGUUCAUCACUAAUGGUAUAAUUCAGACAGCAUUUCCACUACCCAUCUUCAUCAUCAAAAUCUGGUAUAUACCACGGCCCAUAAAAGCAGCCAUGGCGACCUUUUUAGGGCUUCCCUAAAAUAUGCAAUCUAAAUGUCCCUCUGCAUUAUCAUCGCAUACGCGGGGUACGCCCACACACAGACUUGCAAGUCAAUUUUUCUGGAAGCUUAAGACCCAGACCGUGGCUCAUAAGCGACUGUUUAUCCCUCAUAGCAAUUCCUAGCUAAAUCGAAGGCAAUCACCUCCCACUUCAUGUUUUUGCGAUAGAGUCACCCAGUUGCCUGCUGCGCCAAAGCUACGAUGGGAACGAUGAUCAGCCUGCAACUUGUGUGACACUGUCUCAAGACAUUCGUCACCUUCGUGGGGACCACAUGAGAAAAUCAAGGACAACCCAGUGGACUUAUCGGUCUCCGGGCUUAUUGCUGGGUCAAUCUUCCACAAUCUUCAAAUGCAAGUGCUUGGGGAGGGCGAAUCCAGUUCGUAAGCCAGUCACGUUAACGACAGUUUUGUCACUGUCGACCAGAAGAAGAUGGAUUUCAGUAAUAAACGCGUUGACUCCUUUCAGCACCAGUCAACGAUUCACAGUGUUCGAGGAAGUGGAGGGCAGACCUCCGUCCAUAAAUGUCCUCAUCCGCCGCCAGCUGCACGACCAGCCGGUGACCGGUCAGCCUGCGACAAAUGCUUUAUUAUAGCAGCAACUGCCCUCUGCAUCCCAAACAAAACUGUAUACGCACGCUAUACCGGAGGGUUUGGAACCUCAUAGUAGUAGGAGUUUCGCCUGGUAGAAUGAAACCAACCGCCUCCAAGGGCUCUUUAGAGCCACCGAGCGUUCACGAAUUUUCUGUGAAGGGAGUCGAAUGCCCCAGAAUGGCUAUAUGAAUAGCCUAACCAGCCCCGAUCGUGACGGAACAUCCCGCAGGUGAACCCGUCAGGACCCUCGCGUAACUCAGAACUGGAAUUGCCCACCGGCCUGACUUUCAACUCCACCGGUUAGUGGUGUAGUCAAAGGCAACAUGUCCAGCUAAAAGUCAGCCAUUGUCUGCGGCCUCCAGUGAGGCUUCGGAGAGUCCGUUUUUGUUGGAAGAACAGGCCGUACACUGUGGACGCGGAUGUGGGAAGAGUAACUGGGUGUUCGGAGGUUAGGCCUGAAGUCGGUGGCAGCCUAUGCAGUGCGGAUAAAGCACACUUCCAGUUUUGACGGCCACACCUUAGGGCAUAUGCAAGAAGUCAAACCUCUGAGUUUCUCGCUUCCUGGCUUUAUGUCAUAUUUACCAUUAUCUCCUCACUCUUCUGCUGAUAUUGUCUGCUAACCGCGUACUUUUAACUGUUUGUCAGUUUUUUCCAGUUUUUAUUUUUUGUCUUCUCAAUUUUAUUCAUAUAUCUGGACCGUUUAUGCGAAAAAAUGUGCUCUGGUGGUUGAAAACCACAUGAUCGUCAACUAUGGACGGUCCUUCCAUUCAAAGUUCAAGUUGAAACCCUGUCAGUCAUUUCCCUAAUUCCAAUCAUUUCAUUCUUCCACUCUUCCUUUAGAUUGAACACGCUGUUCUCUCAAACCCCGAAUUCCUUGCUGAGGGGACGGCAAUUAAUGAUCUGCUGAAUCCUGACAGGGUCCUCAUCGGCGGUGAUGAGAACUCCGUGACAUCCCGUCGCGGGAUAGAAAUGCUAACCUGGAUUUAUGAGCACUGGAUUCCACGCGAUUUGAUUCUUGUUACGUCAGUGUGGUCUUCCGAACUAUCCAAAUUGGUAAGUUAACCUAAAUUUGCAUGUCCAGUGAUUGUUUUUUGGUGACUUGCUUCUUCUAAAAGCCUCCAAUCCAGGUUCCUCAGACCUGGCCAUCCCGGUCUCCCCUAUCCUUGUACGUGCCCCCUCCUCCAUCAUCUGAUUAUUUUUCAACUCUCACAGGUUUCUAAAAGUUUGAAGUCCAAAAGAGGGACUCCAUCGAUGGAGGAAAAAUAGUAUUCGUCUGACGUUUAUUAUUCUCCUCCGAAUCCUUCAUGAGAUACAGUAAUCGAUGGAAGUAGCGGACACUCAGGAACUCCAGAGUUGCUGGAAUUUAGCGACUUUGUGUUUCGUUUCAAUGCAGUGCGUCCAAGUGUGUCGACAGAGCGGUCUUGCGCAGCUGUGUCCGUGACUACUUGGGUGGCUGCCGUCGAGGCUCAGAGCCGCCAUUGAAUUUGAAUUUUUUCUAAAUACUUUGACUUUUAGACGUAUGUUCUAGAUGUACUAGUUUAACCACCCAACUGGCUUGACGGUAGUCCCUGUUUUCUUAAAGGCUGCGUUGUUGUAUGUGACCAUAGAUCAGAGUCAGUUUAUCCUCCCGGUUUAUUUCAAGCUGCUACUCGCAUGUGCUUGUGCCUAGGUGUCUGCCCAUCGAUCCGUCGUACUUUGUACUACAGUUUUGGUAUGUUAUCCCACAAACUACUGCUGACGGUGUCGUUGCAGAUUGCGGCUCUUCGAGUCUCAUCACUAACCUCUUUGAUGGCGGAUUUCGGCUUAUGUGCUACACCAAUCGCAAAAGGGUUCAGGAUUCUUGCUAUCUUCAUAUAUGGCAUAAGAAGCUGGAAUUUCGACUCCGAACUGUUUGACCGCUUACGGGUAGACUUAUUCAAGUACUUGUCUUUAAAAAAAUUCGUUUAACCACAGCUUGUAAGUAUGAAAUGUAGAUAUCUCACUUUAUCCUCACUGUCGUCGUCAGCACGGUGUGUUUGGAACCGUUGGAAUAGGGUUCUAACGCAAACUACGUUUUUAACCAGCAGUGCGAUUACUUUUGAGUUGUACACUGCACCUCGUUUCUGUUGCCUCACGUGUAUAUCGUAGUUUUUAUCUUACCUUCUGCCAUCCUCGUAACCUGUGCAUUCUAACCGACCUCAUUAUAGACACUAUUACCUACAGUUUCUGGAAAAAACCGUAAGGAAGGUGAUCUGUGUUCGUGCGGCGUCACUCCUAUUUAAUGUAAUCCACGUAGCACUCGCGUGCGCAAGUUCUCUUACCCCUAAAUGAAGCCCGAGACCUGUUGUGCUGGAGCUAGACCUCGUGCAGCAUGCUAAGACAUUUAGCCAUGUCGGAAACUGCGUCCGUGUCUGGGUUUUGGAACACGGUGGAAGAAUGGAGUGCGCAUGAACGUCAACGGAGUCACUGGCAGAAUUACACAGUUCGUCUGCACGUGUUGCACACGGACCAUUCUAGUCUGAUCCCCAGUUCCAAGUAGGACCGAUUCAUACCAUCAGUUGGUGGUCUCCCGAGCCGUGUGACAGUCACAGGUUUAAAUCGCAAAACGAAGCGACGCGUGUCAGCUAUAUUGACCCCAUUUCCGCCCCCCCCCUCAUGUUUAACCGGCCUGUCUGGGUCAAACGGACUAGGAUCGGGAUUAGGCUACGUCUGACGGAAUGUGUAACCGCCAUCUAACCCGAGGUUGCCUAGUCGUGUCUACGCUUCAGUUUGCCUGUUUCUCUCCGCCUAGAUCACUUCGGACCCUGAACUUAACAGUGCGGGCGUGCUGAUGGGUUGCUGAUGAUGUUGUUGUUGCUAUUUAUGCUUGCUGCUUCGCCUUAGUCUUCCGCCUUUACUUGGUUUUGAAGGUAUUCGCUGGAUUUGUUAUAACUGCGCCGCCAAGACUGUCGUUCCUAACCUAGAGGAGCACAUAACCCGUGCAAUUUAUUUGACUAAGCCUGUGUUCAGCAAGUUGUCCUGUCCGUUCGAGGCCCAAUCUACCCAGUCAUUCUUGUCUACUACCCAAGUCCCCAUCCUUGAUAAUACUACCGGCACAAUUAGGCGGAAAGAUGACUUUAAGGAGUAAAAUAAAUUCGCGGAUUCGUUUUUCCGUUGUGUCAGCGCUCUCCGUAGAUGAGUAAUGAGCCGCCUCUGUUCUUGGUGUCCUGUAUUUUCGUGAUUUAUCUUCUAUUCCAAUCUGGAAUGCACAUCGUCAUUUCCUUUAUGAUUGGUGUGCAAUAUGUUUCGACAUUAAUGCGGCCUAUAACUGACGUCAGCUGUUGUUUUUAUGCCUCAAACAAACGUAAUCGCGCGUAAACGAUAAUAUGCUUAAAUUCCGUGCUAGGUGUUAAUUUGCCUAACUGGUUUUAUCAUUGGAGCCUAAUCUACGGGGCCGCGAUUCUCGGCCGUCUGUUUUCCAGUGUGUUGGUGACUUUAGCGUAGAUUUACUUCCGGCGAACCGCCCUUCAAAGGGCGACUUGCUGUUUUGUCUCGUGUAAAAUUGGCCCACUUUUGUCCCAUCUUAUCGGUGAGUGUGAGCCAUCCUGCUUACUCAUUGUUUGCCACACUUUAUUUAAAAGUGCCAAGUACGUCUGGCCGAACUCACUGAGUCUGCUCGUUACCGAACUUGGCAUACUGCUAGGGGUGGGAUUCAGCACACCAAAAUAUUAGCAAGUGCACCAAGAGUUGCCCUUAUUUUAUGCAGUCGGAGUUAAUUUUGUAGAGGUGGACUUUUAGUGCCUAAUUCAGCAUGAACUGCUCGCUUGUACUAUUGUCAGGUACCGUAAACUUAAGCGUCAACGGUGCCAUCAGUGUACUUUACUUCAGGUACAAAAUCAGUGGAUAGAAUUGUCUUUCAUGUAGCAGUACAUUGACGCUUCAAAAGUCGAAAGACAGCUAAGUGCAAGUUUGUGCAGACUUUCUGAAAAGUUGACAAGGGGACUUCUUCUGACCAAUGAGUGUCUAGGGAAUUUGUUCUCUCAAAAGAAGAGGAGGCGUUCACCGGGAGAGGUGUAUUUGAGGUCUGACGUUCGGAUAGUCGUUUCUUCUACCCAUCUUCAGAGACUGAGCAGUCGUGCACACAACUUUCCUUUUAUGGCGCACUUUGUUCAAUGUCUGGCCCACCAAUGCCGCCUGUGUGGCUGCAUCCGACCCGCAUGUCACCGUGACCUGAAUCCCGCCCAUCUUCGUCGACUACCCGAAACGUCAGACCUCAAAUACACCUCUCCCGGUGAACGUCUCCUCUUCUUUUGAUAUGCCACCCGGGAAUCGCAUUUUCACUGCUAUUAAUUUGUUCUCUACUUAAGCAUUCUGUUAACUGCAGUUCCACCCAUCGGAAUUACUGUCUGAGUAGCUUUGACAACGCAUUAGGUGCUCGUAAUUGCCUGUGUCUUCUGGAAAUUAGAACAGCAUUGGCUGAAAUGGACGAAGAACCAUACACUGCCUGACGAGUACAAAUCGCUGUGCCUUCGAUUUUGUGCUGUGUCACAUCCAUCAGCUGCUCUUUGUUCACUCAAAGAGCAGUCGGCACGAUAUUGAAGGUUCGGCUCCGUCCGGUGACACAGGCGUUUUCCAGUUCUAGGUCUGAAUUGUUUAUUUCAUUUACACUGUUUGUUUCAGUUGGUAUUUGGCUAGUUAGCCGGCUUUGCUACCGUCUCGAGUGGAUUUAUGUGAAUUAGUAUGUUCCUUCGUUAAAACGGACCAUGCUCCGGUCCAACACCGGGAGCUAAAUCAGAGUAAGGCAGGCCUUAUCGGGAAUGCGCACCUACAACAAAGGCCAAGAUUGUGGACGUAACGGCAGGCCGAUGUGCAUGCUUACACCGCGCCCAUUGGCAUCCGAGUCGCCCUCCCAUUUUUCUUGUUUAAAAUCCUGAUCAGUGUCCCUUGUGGACCAGGAAGUGUGGUGGUACGCCUAGGUGCGGCUCUCGUCAUGCUAGCUGUCGGCGCUCUUUCUCCCACUUCCGGUCUUCUUAACCAUGUCUUGGCACCUGGCCCAGACGGGGGGGGGAGGGAAGUGCGGUACCUUCUGCGCAAUUGCAUUAGCACUAUAAACUAAUUCAGACACAAGUUACCGUUCCUGGUGCCAAAGUACUGUUGAGCACACAGAGGGGACAUCGUGGCCAACGGCGGUCGAACUGUCACGUAAGUUAGGAAGCUAGUGCUCAUUUCCGCUACUUUGUCAUAAAUCGCCAGAGGCAAUCCUGAAAAUGCGACCGACUGUAAAAUGUAAACCUGUUUUCGUACGGCCUCUAAGUUUAAGGCCCCCCGUUUCUCUUUUUGGUAAAUAAAUAAUGUUCCUAUUGUGUCAGGCAUCAGUAUUUAUCAAGUCGUUGACACACAUUUCUUCACCCUUACCCACUAGGCCGCGAAUGCUUUUCUUGCUCAACGAAUCAGCAGUAUAAACGCCGUCUCGGCCAUUUGUGAAGCCACCGGUGCCGACGUUCGUGAGGUCUCUCAGGCGAUUAGUCUCGACUCCAGAAUUGGUCCCUACUUCCUGAAAGCCAGUCUUGGCUUUGGUGGAAGUUGUUUCAAGAAGGAUAUUCUCAAUUUGGUAGGCGUCGUUGCGUGGCACUCCCGUUACUGUCGCAUGACAAUUAUAUGACUUCUUUUUCUUUUAUUCUCACACGACCACUAUCUCCCAUCUCCUUUUUUAUUAAUUUUCAACUUUUCGACAGACCUACAUCUGUCAAUCCCUUAAUCUCACGGAGGUGGCAGCCUACUGGAACGCGGUGUUACAAAUGAAUGAACACCAGAUGGACCGUUUUGGUCGCUGCAUUCUUGACUCCCUUUUCAACAAUCUGCAUGGCAAACGAAUAGCUAUCUUCGGUUUUGCUUUCAAGAAGGAUACUGGCGAUACUCGGUGAGUUCUCUCCCAACUGUUCCAAUCUACCUCCUUCACACUGCCCCCUCCGUUGAUGGGCCCCUGUCUCCCACGGCUUCAGAUAUGCCAGUGUAGAUGAGUGCUACCUAAUCCGAUCUGAUCCAGUUUUACUCUGAUUGCAGCAAGUUUGUUUUUUAUAGGGCGGAGUGUUAGGGCCACAAAACGAAAUUGUCAGCACAGUUUUGAGGAAAGAGUAGUGCUUAAGCACAGUGAUGGACAUGAUUCCAACACGAUCUCUACCCAGUCACACCGCUCCUCAACCAGAGUUUUUCCCCUGCCACUUACGGUAGCCUUACUAAAAAAAAUGUGACGUUUUCUGCCAUGCAUUAAACGAUACCUUGCCUGAAACUUGCGCCAGCUUGCCAGUUGUUUCAUUUCCUCGAAGCAAUCGCAAUAAAUAAAUCGUAAACUUGAGUUGUAUUUGCUUAUUAUGAAACUGUAAUUAGGUCACCCAAAAAUUGCCUUGUUUGAUGUCUCGCAUACUCGACAGUUCGACUGUCGUUUCCGACGAUGUCCACCUGAUGCUCCACAGUAAUGUGGGAGCAGGGACGGUGACUUAUGCGUGAAUUCCUUCAUAGUGAGAGUAGACUUGCGCAGCGCCUACCGCACUCUCCUCCUGCUCCCCCAAUUGGAUCUGGUGUCAUGACAGAGUCAAGAUGACCGGGCGCGAAAGAGGACGCAGGUGGCUGGCACGGUUAAAACUCGGAUCUAGGCGUACAACCACAUGCCCUGGUGCACCACGUACAUCUAACCAGGAUUUUGCACGGCAAUAAAAAGGGGGGGGGGCCUUGGAUCCCAGCUGAGUGGGAGUACCGUAAAGGCCGUGAAAAGAAGGGGCUAUUGCGGCCUGUUUCUUAGUCCUCCCAGGAGGUAAGAAUUAUCCCGUCAGGUGGCGGCCUUCCAAGCCAUAACUUUCAGCGCACCAUGGAAGAUUCAAGAGCGUCAGACUGUUUAUAAUGAGGGAUAUUCGCUGAGACCGUCAACCUCACACUCUUUUGCCACUACCGGCCACCAGUCCGCUGUCCGAGUCAGUCAGUUGUUUGAUGCGGGAAUCGGCCACAGUAGCUGACAAGGCUAGAGAUCGCGUCUGCGCGCGCCACAUACAUGACCUGGCCCCUUCAACGCACAUCACACAAAGAGGAGUGGGCGGCUCGAGUGUAACAUGGGGAAGGAGCCGAGUGACACACAUCUUACAUACAUGAGGGAUGCCUGCGUUGUGUGACGUUGGUUUUUGUGUGUGGUGCACUUGUUGGUGGGGAGUGUGUGUGGUAAUGUGGUCCAGUCUGCGAUGAUUCACCGCAGAUUUUCGUGAAGACGUAUGUGAUCUAGUAAACCCAAGCGAUGACAGAAUAUGCGUGGGCAGUACGGACAACUGAGGCGAUGACUGCGGGCGUAUGUUGGUGCUCCGGGCACUGGUUCGCCAAUCUCUGCACGAUGAAUUUCCGAGUGAUUGAUGAGGCAGACGUGUGGUGUGCAUAUGUGGUGGCAAUGUGGGCAUGAUAAUUUAGGAACUACUUUGUCGGUUCCGGUGAUGAUGCUGCCGGUGGUGGGUGGAAAGUUGACAGUGCUGGAGAUGGGAGAGUUGUCGGAUAUGCCAAGUGUGUCUGGUGCGUCGACGUUGCGGAGAAUUCCGCUAUGGUGGAUGCCCAUGCGGUGAGCAAGUGUGCGUGGACAGUGCGGCCAGUAGAGGCGGAUGCAGAUGGUGCAUAAGGCACCGGUCUCAGUGCGAUGGGUUCUCAAGUGACUGACCAGAACGAUGCGUGAAGCGAAUGUACGAUCGUAAUACAGGUUGAGACGGAGUUUAAAUCGCUAGUUGAACCGAUGGUAGUGAAGGUGUUGGUUGACGAGGCGUCGAGGUUGUUCUCGGCGGUGGCGGGAAUGGGAGAGGUAGUUGUUGCCGUCACAGAUGUUGUGGUGAGGAUGGCGCAGGUGGUGGCGGUCGACGGCGACGGGACAUCGAGUGUCACGUUCACUGGUGAGGGAAGUCGCCGACGUGGAUACCGUGGGGGUUGGUACAGGGUGACGAUGGUGGCGGUUAUGGAGGCAGCGGUUGGGGUUGUUGGGUUGUUGUUGCAGUAGCAUAUUAGGUGUCUGAUUGGAUCUGUCCGCGCACGGAAUGUUCGUAGGCCGCGUGAGCAUGUCGAAAGACGUUGGGUGUUGGCAUUGUGGAUCGGCAGCGUCUGUGACUUGCGAACAGUUCUUUUGGUUUUCGCAUCGACAAUUCAGCUGGCUGCAUAGAGUGUUGCUCCAGUCUUCACCUCUCGUCUUUGGGCCGUCGGUCUUGCGCGAGGUCUUCUCAGGUUUUCAGGUUGAUUUGUAAACGCUCCAAAGAAUUCUUUAGGUGUUUUUGUAGCGGCGUGUAUGUCCUCAUUAUUGACUAGCACUCACAACGACAUCUCUGUAGAAGAAACGUUUAUUUAGUCGCCCAUCGUAACGAGUUUGUCGCUCCAUCGCAGCAGCAGUUGCCUCGCCAUGGUGUGGAUUAUGAGGAUUCCGGUCCGUUCCAAAACGUCGGUCUCCGGGAUCCUGUUCUACCACUUUAGAUUUAGUUUUCUUCAGAGACAGCUGAUUUGGAAAUGAUUGACUUUCCGUGCCUGCUUUUUGUAAACUGUUUCGGUCUCCGCUCCAUACGGCAGCAUCUUCCAGAUGAUAGCUUUCUAGAUCUUGAGUUUGGUGUUGAGGUGGAAACCGUGGCGACUCCGUACGAAGUUCUGUAGCCGGCCGAAUGCCUGGCUGACUUUCGAGAUACUGUGAGCCACUUCGUCGUCGAUUUUUAUGCUUAAUUAGGCGAAGUUGUCCACGGUUUUUGAGUUGGAUGCCGUUGACGUAUAUGCGACGAACAUUGUAUGUGACGUUGGGUGACGGUUGAUGCAUGACCACCGUUUUCUCUAUGUUGGUAGUCAACCCGAAGUUGGCGCAGCCGGAAGCGAAAAGGCCCAUGCUGCAUUGCAUAUCUACCUCUGUCACAGUGUUGAGCACACAAUCAUCCGCGAAGAACAUACUUAAGUUUACCUCAGACUGGAAAAUAACAACUCACCCCCACAAGGCAUAUUUCUUGGGUUUGAAUCCGAUCGCUACACCAUGGCAUUUGCGUCGUUAGUUUUGUAUAUUGAGUUGUAAAUUCUGGUAUCUGUUCUAAGCACGCAUUUCCCAACUCACCUAUGGUGGUCUGUGCUUUGUAUUGUUUAAUUUCGGAGGAAAUUAAUGCGCGAAAUCGGAGUAUUGCUCUCAGAACAGACCUUUUUAGGCACGGUCCGAAAUUUGAUAUGCUUUGUUUUGUUUUUUUUACCGUUGCAUUCCACCGAGGCUACAUUUCCCUGCACUUUUUUUUUCUUCUACGGUUUUUUAAAGAGUGUACUAUUGUGCCUAGAACUCGUUGUCUUUGUUGUUUUAUUAAAUUUUGGCUUAUUUCCGACCUGCCUUCACUGCGUCACAUUUGACUCUUUUCCCAGAGAGAGCGCUGCAAUCACUGUGUGUUCAAUGCUGCUUUCGGAACACGCCAACUUAUUCAUCUACGACCCCCAAGUCCCCCGAGAGGAGAUCCUCUCGGACCUUACUGAACAGACUGGCCACAGUUUGGGUAAGUCUUUCUCGUAGUUGCUUCAUGAUUUGAGCACUAGGCUGUGAUGCAUGAUGUUUGAAGAUCCGGUAUAUUCGUGUAGCCUUAGUUACUGCGACUCUAUAAGCGUAUGUGCGACAGUUCGUCCGUCGCGAGCGACGAUGUCUCCACUGUGGGCGCAACGCCGAUGACCUGCGUUUAAAUUAGUCUAUAAUGAGACAGACUUGCACAGUAUCUACCGUACUUUCUCCACUCUCACCCACUGGAUCCCCGUGACUAGAUAAUAUCAAGACGACCGGAGGUUUACUCGGGCGCCCCUAACAGUCCGCCUACACGCGCCACACACGACCUGAUCCCGCAGCCUUCAUGUCGGCGACCCGGUAUUCACAUCUGUGAAAACUCCGCAAAGAUCACACUAAGACUCAUCCAUGGAGUCUGACUCUCGGUCCCCCAGUCAAGCACUCCACGCCAACACAGUACUGAUCGCGAGCACCGAGCUAUCUCGUCACCUGUCAGCCUUACAGGCCACCGCAUUUGGCGCGUUGUGAUAUAUUCAAAUGCGUCACAAAGCAUUUUUCCCGGUAUGAAUUUAAAACAGCGAUAGACAACAGAACUUGGUACCAACCAAUUUCGCUACGGCUUAUCAACUGCAACCCGACGCUGCAUAACCCGUGUAACGAAUAAAAAGCAUACAGCAAUUACAAUUUGCACAUAAAACCAACGCAAAACGGCAAGGUCAUUGUUUAGUGUACACAGGCUAAUCAGCAAAAAUGCCAACUUGAGAAAGUAAUCUAGAAAAGAAAAAGGGAAAAAUUAACACGAAAAGGGGUAUGGAACUCGAAGGAGUGGAGAUUACCAGAGCAAGUUUAGGUUGACCACGUGGUCUAGCUGUUUUCAUGGGUCGGGUUUUUCCCACCGUAUGUAGGCUAUUUCGGUUAUCUAGUAGUUCUUUGUACUUUCCCCCUCUGGUCCCAGUCGGAUGUGUUUUUCCGCCUUGUUGAUAUAUUCUACAUGAUAUUGUAGCAGCCGAAGACGUCGAGGGUAGCACACACACACACGGUCGGACGGAUAACCUAGGGUAGUUUUCCGGUUAUGUAACACUGGACGGAGUCGUUAAACACCACACCAGACAUGUAUAUAGGGAUAUAGCAAGAAAAGGGGCUUAAGGCGUGUGAAGCAUAUGUUACGGCAAACAAACUGGUGGAAUAGCAGGAGUGGAAGAUAACUAAUACAAGGAAGGGCGAGGUACUGUACAAAUAGUCCAUUUGGAUUGAAAGGUAGUCACGUCAUCUCACUCCGACACCAGUGGGGAUUGCAGAGUUGUCGGCAGCUGCUGGUAGGGGCCGGGGAGUGUGCUGAUGAUGGGGGAUACGAGCGACGAACGGGCAGCGAGAGGGGAGAAAACGAUGUCAGCGGCAGGGAAGGAAAGAGCAUCGGUCAUAUUCACUAGCAGGCGAUCACACCAGACCCAUCCGGGAUCCGACUCAAAGUGGCCUCAGUUCAUUCAAACAAAUCGGUCGAAUUUGUAGUGCUCUACAAUAUCUUAUAACUGGUCUAACUACCGCCUUCCUGUCUCCGCUUUUGCCGAGCUGGUCACCGUAUUUCGUCAAAAGGCCAUUGUUGUGCUUAUCAUCUGCUCAAAACGAGGACUCGACGAGAAGUGAGCACCCUACGUUGUAUGAAUUGCCUUCAGGCUAUUACGCAGUAGUGGGAUUCCACAAAAUUGUUAUUUCUUAUUUAAAAUUGCAUGUCGAGGCGGUUCCAAUACGCGCUGUGCUAGUGGAUUGUCAUUUCAACUGACGCUGCGACUUGCAUUUUCGCGACUGAUUUUGUUUCUUCUAACCUGCCUUCGCAGUUGCUUCCAAUGUGACCGUCUGCAGUUCAGCCGCAGAGGCGGCAGAAUCCGCUCAUGCAAUCGUCAUCUGCACAGAGUGGGACGAGUUCAAGGUGAGUCAAUGGGCGCCUCUCACCCCACGCUCCUCCUGGUUGUGUUUAUUGUUUGGUCGUAAUUUUCUACCUCGCCUGUUUCUUCUACUCCCAGACCCUAGACUACCGCGAACUCUACAAUCGAAUGCAAAAACCGGCCUUCCUUUUUGAUGGCCGACUUAUUGUGGACCACGCCGAGCUGCGAGCCAUUGGUUUCCAAGUAAAGGCAAUCGGCAUCAACCUACAGGAGCGCGUUCUUUCCCCGCAGUUUUCUUCAUCGAACCACUAG